GUAGUUGUUGUUAAGGUUUUGAUAAUUCCUGAAGCAGUGGAAAUGGCCUUGCAGCGGCACAUAGAGAAGUUGCAGCUCCGCCAGAACUACCGCAAUCUCUGGCACACUGAUCUCUUAAGUACCAUUCAGGCCGAUACUCCUUAUUGUUGCUUUGCGUUGUGGUGUGCUCCAUGUGUAUCAUAUCUGCUCCGUAAACGUGCUCUUUACGAUGAUAUGUCAAGAUACACAUGUUGUGCUGGUUACAUGCCCUGCAGUGGUCGGUGUGGAGAAAGUAAAUGUCCUGAACUCUGCCUUUGCACGGAGGUUUUCCUCUGUUUCGGAAAUUCAGUGGCUUCAACUCGAUUUCUUUUGCAAGAUGAGUUCAAUAUUCAAACUACGCAAUGUGAUAAUUGCAUUAUUGGUUUCAUGUUUUUCCUUCAACAAUUUGCAUGCAUAUUUUCUAUUGUUGCCUUAAUUGUGGGAAAUAGUGGAAUUCGAGAGGCUUCUCAGUGGCUAUCGUGUUUAGCUGACCUAGUGUAUUGCACGGUGUGUGCCUGCAUGCAGACACAGCACAAAAUUGAGAUGGACAAGCGUGAUGGCAAGUUUGAACCCAAUCCAAUGGGUGUUCCCUAUGUUCAACAAAUGUCACGCUUUGAUCAGCCAAUCCCUCCUUUUGUUGGGUAUGCACCACAGCCAGCAUAUGGACACGCCUAAGAACCUUAUCAUGGUUACCCCCAACAGCAUAUCCCCUUUCUGGCUACUUUUGGUGUAUGUUUUUCAUUAAUAAUGCUUUAUGUUGGUCUAUACCGCCAAUUUGUUAGGUUGAAUUACCAUCAUUUAUGUCAAAACAUCAUACAUGGGAAGGAUUAAUGGUGGUAAAAUAUAGUAGUUACGUUAAUUAU